UGUGAUUUUAUUAAUUCAGUUAUCAUCAGUAUGGGAUGGAAUUAGAUAUAUACAGUGAUUCAAUCAGAUUAAUUAUCAGCGUCACUUUGCGAAAGGAGCACUAAUGAACGCAGCCAUCAGCUGAAGUUGAGGAGUAAAUAAACAAAGCCGUGGACCCAUGACAGCCUUUCGUAUUCAAUGUUAGGCAAUAGAUACAAUGGGCUCAUUUGUGACAUUAAAUCUACAAUCCCUUACAAGUUUGCUAGAAGCGUGUCACAAUUGUGCUACAGGUAAUGCAGCUCAAGUGAGCAUAGGUGAUACAUCAUCAGUGAGGUUGGGGAAUGAAGCUGUACGUCCAUUUACCUUCCUCUGCUGUGAGACUAUCGUCAGUUCAGAGGGCGCUAUAUUUUGGCACUCGGAAGAGAUAACACCUGAUGCCAUUGCUUGCAGUAAUCAGACAAACCAACAGCCAUUAAGAGCGAACGAGGGUAAUUUGGUAGGUGGAAGAGUAGUGAAUGAGUUUGAAGAUGUAAUUGUCAAAUGUGAGGAUGAGAGUACUAGGAAAAUGGACAGUGAAGAUGGUAAUCUUGAUAGUAUUUUGGCAGAAGAGGAUCCUCUUUUAGUGGAUGAUGUAUCAACUGUUCAAACAAGCAUAACUGAAUGUUGUACUGUAUCAAAAGAUAACAUAAAACAGGAUGAAGAAAUAAGUCCAGAAAAUAAAAUAUUAAGGAAAAAUUUAGUAGGAAUAUUGACUCGACAAGAUUCUUUAGGUUCCUUGGUUACUUCUUGCAACAGUAAAGUUACUACUAAUGAAUCAGCCAGAAGAACAAAAUACCCAGAAACUUUCACCUGUGAAUUUUGUGGGAAAAUUUUCAAAGGAAAAGAAAGAGCAUACCAAUUCUACUACCAUAGAAAUCGUGAACAUACACAUGAGAUGAUCUACAAGUGUGACAUUUGCUCAAAAGAAUUUUGGGGAGAGAGAGAGUUUCUUGCACAUAUGACUGGACAUAGAGAUCAAGGUCACAUUUGUCAUGUUUGUGGACAAAAAUUUAAUGCCAAAAAGAAUCUUAAAACUCACCUCUUAGUACAUUUGUCAAUACGGGAACAUGUGUGCCGUUACUGUGAUAAAACCUUUCGAAGAAAAGAUCACCUGACAGUUCAUGAGAGAAUUCAUACUGGAGUAAGACCAUACCAGUGCAAGUGGUGUGACUCAGCAUAUCCACAGAAGCAUCAGCUCAAUCUACAUAUUCGUAAGUGUCCCAUUUUGAAACGUCAAGAAGCUAAAACCUAUACCUAUUAAGAAAUGAUUGCAGUAUAUGAAGUUGUUUCAUGUAAAUUUAAUACUGUAAUUUAUAAAUUUGUAUUGAAAAACCUGAGUUAUAUAGUACAGUAUGAAUAGAAUAAAUCUAUAAUACAUA